AUGUUGAAGAAGCAGGCACAGGAGGAGGGCAAGAAGGAUAAGAACGGUAAGCCAAAGGUGAAUGCGGAUCCGAAUGUCCAGGUGUACACGUUGGAAAUAACAGGCCGCAACUUGCUCAUCGGUGCGAGUAUUUUCAUCUACUUGUCGUACUUCUUCUUCAUGUCGUCGAACGAUAGUGACUCGCAGGAGAUCUCGUUCCAGCAGUUCAGAACUGAUUACUUGGAUAAGAACCUUGUUGCCAAACUCGUGGUAGUCAACGAUUCCUAUGCUGAAGUGAUAUUGAACCAGAACGGCAAACAACAGACGCAUUCUGACGGCUUAUGGUUCGGGAUCGGGUCUGUCGAAAGCUUCGAACACAAUUUGGCGCGUGCCCAGGAUGACCGUGGGAUUUCCGAGGACUUCCGCGUGCCGGUGCUGUACACACGCAAGACCAACUGGACAUCUACUGUGUUGAAUAUCUUGCCCACUGGGUUACUUUUGGUGUUCAUGUAUUUCAUGUUCAAAUCAUCUGUGCCGUCCGGUAAGGGGGGUAUCUUUGGGAUGAGCAAGAAUACUGCGCGCAAGUUCAAUCCUGAGACUGAUGUCAAGGUAAAGUUUGAAGACGUUGCCGGUUUGGGCGAAGCUAAGGAAGAGGUCAUGGAGUUUGUCAAGUUCUUGAAGAACCCAAAGAAGUACGAGGACUUGGGUGCUAAAAUCCCAAGAGGUGCCAUCUUGAGUGGCCCACCAGGGACCGGUAAAACCCUCAUUGCCAAGGCCACUGCUGGUGAGGCAGGCGUUCCGUUCUACUCGUGCUCCGGGUCAGACUUCUACCAGAUGUUUGUUGGUGUGGGUGCCUCCAAAGUGCGCGACUUGUUCAAGAUGGCGCGCGAGAACGCGCCAUGCAUUGUGUUUGUGGAUGAGAUCGACGCCAUCGGAAAAUCGCGCUCGUCCGGCGGUGCGCGCGGCAACGACGAGCGUGAGUCCACAUUGAACCAAUUGUUGGUGGAAAUGGACGGUUUCACCGCCUCGGACCACAUUGUGGUCUUGGCCGGUACCAACAGAGUUGACGUGCUUGACAGCGCCUUAAUGAGGCCUGGUAGGUUCGACAGACAUAUCCAGAUCGACAAGCCCGAGUUAGAAGGCCGCAAGGAGAUCUUCAACGUCCACUUGAAGAAACUCACUUUGUCGCCAACCAUUGACAAGGACUUGUCUGGAAGGUUGUCCACCUUGACUCCGGGCUUCUCCGGGGCUGACAUUGCGAACGUGUGCAACGAAGCGGCGUUGACUGCGGCCCGUAUGGAGGCAGAGUUCGUCGAGUUAGUGCACUUUGAGUUGGCGAUCGAAAGAGUUAUCGGUGGUAUCGAAAAGAAAUCCAAGGUCUUGAACGAGCAGGAAAGACGUGUUGUGGCCUAUCACGAGGCUGGCCACGCCGUCUGUGGCUGGUACUUGAAAUACGCCGAUCCGUUAUUGAAAGUGUCUAUCAUUCCGAGAGGCCGCGGUGCACUUGGUUACGCCCAGUACCUACCACCAGACAUCUACUUGAUGUCCGCGAAACAGUUGGAAGACCGCAUGACGAUGGCGUUGGGGGGCAGAAUGAGUGAGGAGCUCCACUUUGCGUCGGUCACUAGUGGUGCAUCGGAUGACUUUAAGAAGGUCACUAAUAUGGCCACCGCCAUGGUCACCCAGUUGGGGAUGUCCAAGAAGGUGGGCUAUGUCAACUACGAGUCUACUGACAGCGAUGACUUGACCAAGCCGUUUAGUGAGGAGACCGCCUCCAUCAUUGACGAGGAGGUGCGCCGCAUCAUCAACAUGUGCCGCGAGCGCUGUUUGGCCAUGUUGAAGGACAAGUCAACCGAGGUUGCGCUCGUUGCCGAAGAGUUGUUAGCAAAAGAGGUCAUUACCAGGGAGGAUAUGAUUAGAUUGUUGGGUAAGAGACCGUUCCCGGAGCGUAAUGAUGCGUUCGACAAGUAUCUCGAGAAGAGAGACGCAACGGAGUCCCAGGAAAAGUAA